GACAAGUGUUUCGAGAACCAAACACUGCAUAAUUGUGACGAACUCUUGUACAUUGACCUUUGUCAAGCCAUGAACACUGGAGAUAUCGGUCAUGUCGAAGCAUCAUUUCUCCCUUGGAUUCAUAUGUUCAAAGCUACCGGAAAGCAUAAAUAUGCAUCACAGAUGUUAAGGUUCCUGAUGAACCUUCAACUCAAUUAUCCAGUGGCUUUGAGUAAUAUAGUGUGGAUGAACUUACUAUAUAACCCAACCGGCAAGCCAUUUGCUUUUUGUGCAGUUGACUGGGUUGUUGAGCACAACAAUUUGUAUACAAAGGUUAGUGAACGUAAUGGUCAAUGUCAAGAAACUAAAAGUAAUGAUUGA